GCCCGCCUUCACGUCCGAACGCUGCCAGUGUCCUACCAACGUUGUCUACAUAUGGCGCCCCCCUCAUUAUAUCGCGAUCCUUGGGCGAAACGGGAAGCCUGGCGCAAGCACCCCGUCUUCAGCAACCGUGCAAUGUUCGGCAGCAUGUUCCCUGGCUUUGGGAUUGCUCUUGGUGCUUUCUCAGCAUACGUCGCUUGGGAGAAGCUCUUCAGUACUGCUCAACCGCACCAUGACGGUCACGGGCAAAGCCACCAUUAGAAGCCAGUAUAAUGGACGUAUAUCCCCUUAAGGCCACAACCAUCCCGCAAGCGCGGAUGUUAUGGGAUGAGACCGGCUCUUGACGCAUGCUGGACGAUGGACGGACAUUGAUACAGUGUAUAGUACGCCUUGGAACGCAGGUUGAACCUUCGCCACGUACGCCUCCUGUAGGGCAUAUUCAGAGGUAUCAAAUGAAGCGCUUGUCGGCAGAAGACUGCUGAAGCACAUCAGUUCGGAUAAGCCAUUGCGGCCCGUAAGUCAUACAUGUCGUCUAAUGUACAAGCUACUAUAUGGUCAUACAACAAG